AUGCAAAACUCGAUGCAGGUCAAGUUUCGUAGGCGCCGUGAGGGCAAGACUGAUUAUUACGCCCGAAAACGUCUUAUUUGGCAGGACAAAAACAAGUAUAAUACACCUAAGUACAGGUUUGUUGUCCGAUUCACGAACAAGGAUAUUGUGUGUCAGAUAAUAUAUGCCUGUAUGGAUGGCGAUCGUGUUGUGGCUACCGCUUAUUCUCAUGAGUUGCCUCGCUACGGUGUGAAAAUCGGUCUUACUAACUAUUCCGCCGCUUAUUGUACGGGUCUUCUCCUGGCCCGCCGCGUUCUCAAGAAGCUGAAGUUGGAUGGCUUGUAUCAGGGUCAGACUGAGGUUAAUGGCGAAAAUUAUCUUGUUGAGUCCAAAGAGAAACGGGGAGCGUUUAAGUGUUUCUUAGAUGUUGGCCUUCGUCGUACUUCCUCCGGCGCGAACAUUUUCGGAGCCCUCAAGGGAGCCGUUGAUGGCGGUUUGAACAUACCCCACAGCUCGAAACGAUUUCCAGGAAAUGAUCCCGAAUCCGGAGAGUAUAAUGCAGAGGCUCACCGUGCUCGUAUAUUCGGUCAGCACAUUGCCGAAUACAUGCGUUCAUUAAAGGAAGAAAGUGAGGAGGCCUACAGACGCCAGUUUGGUGCUUAUUUGAAGCUCGGCAUUGAGGCGGAUGACAUAGAACCCAUGUACCAGAAAGCUCACGCUGCCAUUCGUGAAGAUCCUUCGUACACGAAGAAGGAGAGGGCCGAAGUGAAGCAUCGGCGUUUUAAUAGAAAGAAGUUGACCCUUAAGGCGCGUCGCGAACGCGUACGCCAAAAGAAAGCGCAAUUCCUAUCUCAACUUCAGAAGGAUUUGGCUGUUGUUGGGGCUUAA